AUGCGGUCAUCACUCUCACAUCCCCAUGGAAAUACAGGCUUCAAAUUCCAAUCAAACCCCAUUUCUAACCAGUCACCACUAACAGCUACAUCAUUCCCAUUCUCUCACUACACCAAGACAUCUCCUUCCCCCUCUGCUUUUAUUCAACUCACUCUAAGAUCUCAAUAUGACUUACGACCACAAUUUCCCAGUAAACCCACAUGGCUUUUACCCUCAGUUUCCUUUCCAUUCGCAUUAGCAACCAAGACUGGAAGAUCAUCACUAGCUCCACUUCAGUGUGGCAUUUUGUCGAACAGCUGUAGCACCGACGAUGGCAAGAGGAGUUUCAGGGAUUGGGUUGAGGUGGUUGGUGAGGCUGUAUCAACUGCAUUUCCCAUAUGGGUUGCUUUGGGAUGCCUGUUGGGGCUCAUCAAGCCGAGUUCCUUCCAUUGGGUCACACCCAACUUGACCAUCUUAGGCAUAACACUGACCAUGCUUGGCAUGGGCAUGACCCUCACUUUCGACGACCUUCGUGGGGCGUUGGCUAUGCCCAAGGAAUUACUUGCUGGCUUUGUUCUUCAGUACUCGGUGAUGCCUUUAUCAGGAUAUGCUGUGAGCAAGCUUUUGAAUUUGCCGUCCUAUUAUGCAGCUGGUUUGAUAUUGGUUGGUUGCUGCCCUGGUGGAACAGCAAGUAACAUAGUAACUUAUAUUGCACGUGGAAAUGUGGCACUUUCAGUUUUAAUGACAGCAGCAAGCACUUUAUCAGCCGUGAUCAUGACCCCCUUUCUCACUGCCAAACUUGCUGGUCAAUAUGUUGCAGUAGAUGCAGCUGGGCUAUUAUUCUCAACAUUGCAGGUUGUGCUUCUCCCUGUAUUGGCGGGUGCAUUUCUGAAUCAAUAUUUCCAAGGCCUGGUUAAAUUUGUGUCCCCCUUGAUGCCACCCAUUGCUGUGGGAACUGUAGCUGUUCUUUGUGGGAAUGCAAUUGCCCAGAGUUCUUCUGCAAUCCUUAUGUCUGGUAAACAAGUGGUGCUAGCUGCCGCUCUUCUUCAUGCAUCUGGAUUUUUCUUUGGUUACGUACUUUCAAGGAUACUUGGGAUUGAUGUGUCAUCAUCAAGGACUAUCUCCAUCGAGGUUGGCAUGCAGAAUUCGGUGCUUGGAGUUGUUCUAGCAAGCCAGCACUUCGGAAAUCCUCUAACUGCGGUACCAUGCGCAGUUUCCAGCGUUUGUCAUUCAAUCUUUGGUAGUGUCUUGGCAGGAAUUUGGAGACAGAGUGUGCCAACGCAAAAGCAAGAUUGA